AUGUCAAUCAUUAUGGAAGACCCUGUCUUGAUUAGCGCACAGAUUACGGAUACUGUGCCGCAUGAUGUGCCGGAGGCAGACAUUAUAAGCACAGAUGACGAUACUCUGAUAACCGAAAAAAUCGAGAAGGACUCCCUCCAUGCGGCCGACCCAAGCAAAGCCCCAGAAGGGGAAGGAAAGUCCACAGUGGAAAAGUUGCUCCCUAUUGAUCAAGGAGUUCAAUUGCCUACAACAACAAGAAAAGGCAACGAAUAUUAUAAAGCCACGACGAGUGAAAAAAACGUUCCGACUGAUGUCAGUGAUAGCUCUGCUACACCACAAAGCAAGAACGAUCAGCCAUAUAUUAUCUAUGUCGAUCCAGUGGGCACUCGCUGGACGUUUCCAUACGAGGCUGCUAAAACCUGGGAUGGUGUGAGAAAAUUGGUCAAAUCAAUAUUCGUCAAUAUCUUCGUUCCCAAAUGGAUUGCGGCGGAUCUUGAUGAUGAGGGAAAUUACCCGGGUGCAAACUACUCGAUCAUCAAACUGAAGCCUGAAUGCACAACUGUUUUCAGUGGCCAUUGGGAGAGUUUGGUUUCACCAGGAUGGGAGUUCAAAAUCGAGUUCAAUAGAUGUUACAUCUUGGAUGAAAUUCGUUCAGAAAUACUCGAUAGGGAAAAUAAAAGCACCUCAGAUACUGAGAGUGUGACAUCUGCGAAAGAGAAGGCCAUGAGCAGCAUCUCAGAUUCUGAGAGCGAAGAGGGAACAUCUGCCAAACGGAAGGCAAGAAAACCUGCUUCAGAUGCUGGAAAUGAAGAGCAGACGCUUGCCGAAGAGAAAGUCAUGAACAGCAUCGUAUACGUGGCAACCUAUCUAGUCCCAGAUAGAGACGGUGAUUAUAGACGCCACGAAACCGAGCGAAAAGACGAGAAAAUCAAACUGAUUACGAACUCCGACAUCCAUGGUCACAACAAUGUUCUAGAAGAGCACAGAGAGGUGUAUUUUAGUGACUCACAUACUAUGGACUUUGACAAAAGAAUGGUUGACACUAUUAGUAGUCCCUGUCUAUACAUUAUCUCACCGAUCCUUCUCGAUGCUCUUCAAGCCAUCAUUGAUUUCCAGUCCAUUUCCGAUGAGUUCACUCCCAAGGAAUGGCCUAAGAAACCAUUCCGCACUGAUCUCCACAUUGGACGAUUUGUGUACCCCUUCGUCGAUCUUUACCACUACCGAGAAAAGCUUCUUCAGUAUCGGGAUGUGGUGAAGAAUGAUCAUGACGAGGAGUAUAGCCAAAUGUGUGGAGAACAUAUUGGGAUUUUGAAUGAGUACCUUGAAAGCCUGUCAGAGAUUCGCUUGAAGGAUAGUGAGCGGCUCCACGGCGGUCCAGUUCCGAAGACAACAUUUACCAUUCUUUGGCACCUUCUCAAGCCGGGCUCAGACGUUUUUGUUCGAGAGAACGGAACGCUAAAUGCCUACGUUAUUGAGUCAUUUCAGGGUGGAAUCAAAUGGCAUUCUCGCUCAGAACGCUCAAGUCCGUACGAGGUCAACGUCUGGAAUCUCAAUUUCGAUGGGCAGCAUUUGACCCGAUCUGUUAAAACGGUUUUUAUUCCUGUCUUCGAUCAUGAGUGCGAGAUCAACUCUUUGCCUUUAUUCCCAGUCCGAUUCCACGUCAAUGAAGACCCACAGUACCCUUUAUAUCAGCAGUUGGUGGAUAGAGGAAAGCGAUUCGUUAACAUGGUGAAAGCCCCUUCCUUCCAUGAGUAUAGUGGUCCGAGUAAACUGCAAGGCAUCCGCACUUACAACCGAACGAGAGUUGUUGUGGACCACACAAGUCAGCCAUGGACUCUAGAUAGUGUUGACAAGCAACCAAACGCUAUCAUUCCAGUGAGUAAUGUCUAUGAUGUUGAGCUGGGUGAGCGAACACGUAUUGCACAUUGCCGAUGCAAAACAUGCGCGACGAGAGAUUUACGCCAGACCAGCAUGGAGCGUCGUUCGUUUGAUGACUAUGAUGAUAUUGAUCUCAAGUCCCGAAAAAACUUAACUGAUCAUCAAUAUCUACUUUGCUGGUCGCAUGUUUAUGGAUUUAUAUUGAAGGAUCGUGUCUGGGAUAUCCUGGAGGUUUCUGGUCUGAGAGAUCCAAGGAUAGACAAAAACGUGAUUGAAUCCUUGGUACUGAAGCCGGAAAGUAACAAGGAGAUGAUCAAGGCUGUUUGCGAUAUAUUCGAUGGAACAUACCCACAGGCGUUCUCAUCUGACUUUGUGCGUGGUAAGGGCGAAGGUCAAAUCUUGCUACUGCAUGGCCCUCCGGGUACAGGAAAGACUCUUACAGCCGAAUCUGUUGCGGAGUAUACCGGUCGGCCUUUGCUUAGUAUUACUGCGGCAGACUUGGGACAUGAACCAGAGCAAUUAGAGAAGAAUCUACUCCAAUUCUUCAGAAACGCUAGAAACUGGAACGCCAUUGUCCUUCUUGACGAAGCCGAUGUGUAUCUUGAAACACGUUCCGCACACGAUCUUCGGCGAAAUAGCAUCGUCUCUGUCUUCCUUCGAGCUUUGGAUUACUUUGAAGGAAUUCUCUUCCUCACAACCAACCGUGUUGGAAGCUUCGAUGAAGCGUUUCUGUCACGAAUCCAUGUCCAGAUGGGAUACGACCCACUCGAUGAGGAGUCCAGACAGAAGAUUUGGAAGGGUUAUUUCGAAAAACUCAGCAAGAAUCAUGAGAAUGACGGCCAGGAAAUACGUUGCAGCUAUGAUGCUAAGGAGUAUAUCCGUCGGGAGAAGGAUCUUCGCGUGCUCGAAUGGAAUGGUCGUGAGAUACGAAACGCCUUCCAAACGGCCGUUGCUCUGGCAUGCUUCCAGGCGAAGAACGAGGGCAAUCGUAUUCCUGAGUUAACAGAUGAACAUCUGCGCCAGGUUGUUACCAUGUCUCAUAAUUUCAAAAGUUAUCUCAAAGCUGUUCGCGGAGCGGAGGAGGAUUGGGCUUUCCAGGCGCGGGUUAGAAAUGACAAGGCGAAGGCCUCAGAUGGGAUGAUUCAAAGCCAGGACUCUGUUAUUUAG